AAUCAUUUGAGGUUAAAUCAAAAUUCCCUCCGAAUCUCAAGAACCCUCUGAUGGAUAUUUUGGUGAAGGCUUACGAAUUUGAACAAUUUAAUGAAAACCUAUUCAAGAUAUUGACAAAUAUGCUUCCUUAUAAUAAAUUCACAAUAACGAGGCUCUGCCAAAGGACAUUAUAUCCGAAAGCACUUGUGGAUUUACAGAGGAAAAAGUCAGAGCUGAUCGAACAACUAAGAGUUGCGGUAAAUGAGAUUAUGCCGUCUUUGAUGCGUGAUUCCGGUGGGAAAAAGGAGGUGCACGCGCAUGAAAUUUCUGUACCAUCAGUAAAUGUACACAGCGAUUCUAUGGAGAUCGAUUCGAUUAUUGAGAAUGAAGGAGAAGUAGAUGUUGAGCAUGAUGCUGAUGCAGAUGUCAAAUCUGAUAGUAAAUCUGAUAGUAGCACAAAUAAUAGAUCAAAUGAAUCGACUGGUAAAAAAUUCCGUUGGGACGAUAUCACCAGACGACUCCUAUGGCGGAUCGUUCAGGAGGAAAUGACUUGGGUUGGCAUGAGUAACGACCUCAAUGAAGCCGAAGAGAAGUCUGAAAGACAUUCCGAGCAAACUUGUCGGAAAAGUUUAUAUCAAGAGCUGUUGAAAGUCUGGCCAAGCGGUUGGAUGACCUCUUACGAAAUUGCGC